AUGCACACACGUUCUAAAGGCUUGCCUCUAGAACCUUUUGAUCCGGAGAUCGAAGCAACAAACCGGAAGAGGAACGCCUAUAGGAGACUCACACAGAAAAUUCAAGCUUCUUCGCCUAACCACAUAGGAGCAUCUUCAGUUCAAAGGGACCUUUCACCCUUCCGAUCACCAGUUCAGGGCCAUAUUCUGUUUGACCCCGUCUCUCCUAGUCUGAUGGAGUACGAAGGGGGUAACAACGUUCCACCACCUCCUCCUCCCAAUUAUGCUGAGCUUCUACGACAGCUGGAGGAGUUGCGUCAACAGGUCAAUCGUGGACCACCUGUGCCUGUGCAGAAUCAAUAUGUAUAUCAAGGCCAGGCAAAUCCAACCGUCCAUAGCAACAUCGCGGCCAAUACUUUUGAGCUGAAAAGAGGACUGAUUCAGAUGGCGGAGAACAUUGCUUUUAGGGGCAAAUCCACAGAUGACCCUAACAAGCAUAUCACCAAGUUCAUUCAGAUUUGCAACACAACAAAGAUGAAUGGAGUGACAGAUGAGCAGGUUCGACUAAGGCUGUUUCCUUUCUCUUUAGAGGAUUCAGCAAAGGAUUGGUUGGAGAGUUUAGAGCCAGGAUCAAUUAGAACAUGGGAUGUUAUGGUGGAAAAAUUCUUGGAGAAAUUCUAUCCCCCUAGUGAAGCUAUAAAGAGGCAACACGAGAUCAUUGCCUUUCAGAUGACUCCUGCAGAGAACAUAAGAGACGCAUGGGGGAGGUUUAAAGCUUUGAUGAAACGGUGUCCCAACCAUGGGUUAACCCCAACAGUUCAAGUCAUUACAUUUUUCAAGGGAUGCGUGCCUGAAGCACAACGGGAGUUGAACUUGAGCUCAGGCGGUAAUUUUCUCAAGAAAGGAGUGAAUGAAGCCAUGGAAGUGAUUGAGGAGCUCGCAUCUAAUGACGAAGGAUGGAGCAACGAAAGGAGUAAGGUGCAUAGGGUGGCUUCUACUACAAAUCAUGAUCCUAUGAGUGCCCUGUCCCACAAAUUGGAUGCUUUGACCAUGAAAUUUGAUUGCAUGAUAAUGGGGAAACCGUCUCAAGAUCCCCAAGGAAGUAUGGAGGACGUGAACUAUGUGAAUCAAGGGGGCAACAACGGGUACUAUAAUAAUUCACGCCCCAACUUUCAUGGCGGAGGAUAUAAUCAGUACGGGAACAAGGGGCAUCCCAAUCUCUCGUAUGGGAACCCCAAUAAUGCUCUGCAGCCACCCCCAGGGUUCACAGUCACUGAUGGAGUGAUUAAUGAUCCAAAGAAGAUGACCACAGAAGACAUACUCAAGUCUUUCAUGCUACAGACCAACAAGCUCAUGGAGCAUAACAAUCAAAGGAUGGAGAACGUUGAGACAGAUGUGCAAAGUAUGGCCACUCAUCUGAAGAACAUCGACACACAGAUCAGCCAGAUUUCCCAGACUGUGAGUACUAUUACUCAACCGGGAAAAUUCCCUUCGAACACCAUCAUAAAUCCCAAAGGAUGUAUGGCCAUCCAUCUGAGGAAUGGCAAGACGUAUGAAGGUCCAUCUCUGUCUGAGACCACGAAGGACGCUAUUCUUGAGCCUAAGGCUGCCGUGGCAGAGAAGGAAAAUGAGGCUGAAAAGGAGUAUAUUGGCACCACUUCUGGAGUAAAGGUGCCAUUCCCGCAGGUACUGAAUCAGAAGAAGAAGAAAGAUGAGCAGUUCACUCGAUUUCUGGACAUCUUCAGAAAGGUGCAUGUGAACAUUCCUUUGAUCGAGGCACUGCAGCAGAUGCCUAAGUAUGCUAAGUUUCUGAAGGAGGUGAUAGCCCAGAAGACCAGUUGGGGGCAGGUUGAUACUAUUAAUCUAACUGAAAAUUGCAGUGCUCUGCUGCAAAGGAAACUGCCUGCCAAGCUGAAGGACCCUGGAAGUUUCACUGUCGACUGCCUCAUUGGGGGCUAUAAGGUGGAGAAUGCUCUCUGCGAUCUAGGCGCGAGCAUUAAUCUAAUGCCACUAUCAGUGUUCAAGCAACUGAACAUCGGUACUUUGAAGCCCACCUCAGCCACACUACAGAUGGCGGACAGAUCUGUCGCGUAUCCAGAGGGCAUCGUGGAAGACCUACUGAUUAAGGUCGGGGAAUUUAUUUUUCCCGUCGACUUUAUGGUCUUGGACAUGGAAGAAGACAAAGGAGUCCCCCUACUGCUAGGACGUCCCUUCCUUGCUACUGCUGAGGCAAAUAUAAACGUGAAAAAUGGAGAGUUAACAAUCUACAUGGGAGAAGAAAGUCAAACGUUUUCCCACAAACCGAGAAGCAUGGAUGGACGAAUUGAGGAGUUCAAGGUGGUGCGUCUGAAGCACCAAGUGACUACUGAAGAAGGAGGAUCGAGUGCAGUCAGAAAAGUGAAGCAGAAGGACUUUUAUGAGCUUCACAUGGAGAUGAUGGCUUCCACUGACUCGAAGCCAAUAGCAUGGAUCGAUGCAGACCAUAGUCGCCCUUCACCGGUGCACGCGGUGAUCACUACUGAACCCCCUAGGAUGGGGGGGUAA